AGCACCAGCCAUCCACAUCAUAGUUACUCGCCGUCACAUGUUGAUGACGACUCCCCACUGUGGCUGUGCAACGUGCCCCUCUCCCACACGUCAUCUGUGGCUCGACUGCUGCGCCAAAAUAAAUACUCCUGAAUUGCUCUCCCCUGGGCAAUUAUUUCAUACCUCUCGAUUAUUUCAAUUGUACCCCUCUUGAUAUACCGAUCCUGAUAUAUCUUCCACCUAAAACCACAUUUCAUCAUCACCAUGUCUGAGCGCAGCACAGUCCAUGUCUCGGGCAUCGCGUCCAACACUUCCGAGAAGGAAGUCCAGGACUUCUUUAGCUUCUGUGGCAAGAUUACCUCCAUCUCCGUGACCCCCGUCUCUGGUGAGCCAGAUGCUCCCAAGUCCGCCACAGUGACUUUCGAGAAAGAAGCAGCUGCCAAGACUGCCUUGCUUCUGGAUCAGACCCAGCUGGGAGGUUCUGCAGUGCACGUCCAGGCUGCCCAGACUCUCGACGACAUCGCCGGUUCCCAGGCAGCCAGUGCAGGAGAGGCUAGGGAUGAGAACCACCAUGAAAUCGCGCAGGAAGACAAGCCCAAGUCCCGAAUUUUCGCCGAGUACCUUGCUCACGGCUAUGUACUGAGCGACAACGCAAUCCAGAAGGCUAUUGCCCUCGACCAGAAGCACGCCACGGACCGCGCCAGAGGAAUUGAUGAAAGCUACAAGCUGAGUGACAAGGCUGCCACUGGUUGGCAUGGUCUCCACUCAUACUUCGAAAAAGCUCUUGGCACACCCUCGGGUCAAAAGCUUCGCGAUUUCUACGCCCAGACCGAUAAGCAGGUGCGAGACAUCCACACUGAGGCCAGGCGCUUGGCGGACCUGAAGAGUGGUAAGACUACUCAUGAGGGUGAGGUGCCGGCUGCCGGCGGUGCAGAGGCCUCUGGUGCCGUCCCCGCAGCUGCGGCUCCUGCGGCUCCUGCUGCCCCAACUGCCCCCGCUGAACCUGCUCCUGCGGUGAGCCAGCCCGCUGGAACCGCGGCUCCUGCCGAACCUAAGGCAUAA